AGGGAAUGACAGGCAUCUCUGCAGGCAGGCUGAACCCACCUUGGCUUGUGCGUAGUCAUUGGCUGCCUAUUAGAAUAAAUUGAGGACAAUGCAUACCGCUGCCUGCCAAUUGUAAACAUAAGGGAUAUGUAUUCACUUAGCAUUGACUUUUGGGAGGGGCCAAGGAAAAGCUGCAGUUUUAUUGAAUAGGGCUGUGUGUGAGGCUGCUGGUGUGCCUUUCUUGCUGUGCUCCUGCCCAAGCAGCCAGUUAUUCAUUUCCUUCCUACUAGUUGAAAACUUUUCAACCAGAGAAGAACACCCUUCCCUGUUGUGCUGCUUGUGAACUGCCUUAAAGCUUCAGUCCAUUGACUAAUAAAGGACUUCCAUGCUGUAGACUGUUAUUUUGAGAGACCUGCACAAGCAAGUACACAAUCAGCUGAAAACCUUGGAAAAGGAAGUGGACCUGUCUCUGUUUAGUGAUCACCUUUAUUUUCUGGAGUCCUUAUUUUGAAAUCAUCAGCAGCUGGUUUGUUACUGACAAGCUAGAGUAUUUCCCUGAUCAUCUUCCUAGCUCUGAACGCUUGAACACCCACCAUGGAUGACUUUGAACGCCGCAGAGAGCUCAGGAGGCAAAAGCGUGAGGAAAUGCGCCUUGAAGCAGAGAGGCUGUCCUAUCAGAGAAAUGAUGAUGAUGAGGAAGAAGCUGCCAGAGAACGUCGCCGACGGGCUCGACAGGAGAGGCUGCGGCAAAAGGAAGAAGGAGAUCUAUCAGGAGACGUAAUGGAGAAAUCAGAAGUUAAUGCCCAAAACAGCGUGGCAGAAGAGGAAACCAAGCGUACUACAACCACAAGGGGAACAGAUGAAGAAGCUGCAUUGUUGGAGAGACUGGCAAGACGGGAGGAGAGACGCCAAAAACGUCUACAGGAAGCUCUGGAACGUCAAAAGGAAUUUGACCCCACGAUCACAGAUGGGAGCUUGUCACUGCCCAGCAGGAGAGAAGUAAAUAAUGUGGAAGAAAACGAGACCACAGGGAAAGAGGAAAAGGCUGAAAUACGCCGAGGACGCUAUGAGGCUGAGGAAACUGAAACGGUUACCAAAUCAUACCAAAGGAACAACUGGAGGCAAGAUGGGGAAGAAGAGGAAAAAAAAGAAGGAAAAGACAAGGAGGAUGUACCAGAGGAGAAACCAAAGGAGGUCCCAAUAGAGGAAAAUCAGGUAGAUGUGACAGCAGAAAAAUCCACAGAUAAAGAAGAGGUAGUAGAAACAAAAAAUGUAGCUAUAAAUGCUGACGAACACAAAGCGGUGAAUGAUACAAAUGCUGUGCUGGAAGGGGAGCAGAGUAUAACUGAUGCUGUAGCUGAAGAGAAAGUUAGAGAUGAGCAAAAGGCUGAGGAAGAAAGGAAGAAGGCAGAAGAAAGGGAGAAACUUGAGGCAGAAGAAAAGGAGAGGUUAAAAGCAGAGGAAGAAAAGAGGGCAGCUGAGGAUAAACAGAAAGCAGAGGAGGAAAAAAGGGCAGCUGAGGAAAGAGAGAGGGCUAAGGCAGAAGAGGAAAAGAGGGCAGCUGAGGAAAGAGAGAGGGCUAAGGCAGAAGAGGAGAAGAGAGCAGCUGAGGAAAGAGAGAGGGCUAAGGCAGAAGAAGAGAAGAGGGCAGCUGAGGAAAGAGAGAGGGCUAAGGCAGAAGAGGAAAAGAGGGCAGCUGAGGAAAGAGAGAGGGCUAAGGCAGAAGAGGAGAAGAGGGCAGCUGAGGAAAGAGAGAGGGCUAAGGCAGAAGAGGAAAAGAGGGCAGCUGAGGAAAAAGCUAAGCUAGAAGCAGAGAAAUUAAAGGAAACACAAAAGGUGGAAGAAAAGAAAAUAGAAGAUAAACAGGUAAAAGAGAAGAAAUUACAAGAGGAAAAACCUCAAGCAGCUUUCCUCAGAAAACAGGGGGAAGAAAAAGAGGUUAAAGUGGAAGCUAAAAAGGAAAAGUUACCAGAUGAGAAGCUCCAACCUACCUCCAAAAAAGAUCAGGUAAAAGAUGACAAGGAUAAAGGAAAAUCACCCAAAGAGGAAAUGAAAAGUAUCUGGGAUCGUAAGAAGGGACUACCUGAACAAAAGGCACAGAACGGAGAACGUGAACUCACUGCCCCCAAACUUAAAUCUACUGAGAAUGCUGUUGGACGCUCCAAUUUGAAAGGGACUGCAAAUGCUGAGGUGGCGAAGCUGGGGUCUCAGGUUGAGGCUGUAAAACGGCUAGAAGAUCAGCGUCGUCGCCGAGGUGAGAAUGAGGAUUUUGAGAAGCUGAAGGAGAAGCAGCAGGAGGCAGCGGCAGAGCUGGACGAACUGAAGAAAAGGCGGGAGGAGCGCCGGAAAAUCCUGGAGGAAGAGGAGCAGAAGAAGAAGCAGGAGGAGGCUGAGAGAAAAGCCAGAGAGGAGGAGGAGAAGAGGAGGAUGAAGGAAGAAAUUGAAAGGAGAAGGGCUGAAGCUGCUGAGAAACGUCAAAAGAUGCCAGAAGAUGGUGUAUCUGAAGAUAAGAAGCCAUUUAAAUGUUUCAGUCCUAAAGGUUCAUCUCUCAAGAUAGAGGAGAGAGCAGAAUUUUUGAACAAAUCCGCUCAGAAGAGUGGCAUGAAACCCACCCACACGACAGCAGUUGUCUCAAAGAUUGACAGUAGACUUGAGCAAUACACUAGUGCAAUUGAGGGCACAAAGGCUGCAAGACCAGCUAAGCCAGCAGCCUCUGACCUUCCUGUUCCGGCUGAAGGUGUCCGUAAUAUCAAGAGCAUGUGGGAGAAAGGGAAUGUUUUUUCAUCACCUUCUGGGACAGGAACACCAAAUAAGGAAACUGCUGGACUGAAGGUUGGUGUCUCCAGUCGUAUCAAUGAGUGGUUAACCAAGACCCCAGAGAGCAACAAAUCACCUACUCCAAAACCUUCUGAUUUAAAACCAGGAGAUGUAUCCGGCAAACGUAAUCUCUGGGAGAAGCAGUCAGUUGAAAAGUCAGCUGCUUCUUCUUCUAAGGUAUCAGCUUUGGGGAAAAAAACAGAGACUAAUGCAGGUUUGAGACAGUUUGAGAAAGAACCAUAGAAGGCCACUAAAGACGCUGGAACAAUCAGUUGGGGAAAAAAAAAAGGAAAAAGUGCUAAAUUGUUCUUUUUAUAUUUAUGUUUAUUUACCAAAAUGUCUUUUUGCAUUACCCCAGUUAAAACCAUGUAUAUUAGCACUGUAUUUAAUAAUCAGUCUAGACAUUCAUCAUAAUAGUACUGCCUUUGCACAAGAGCCUUUAUUCCUAAAGAAACCCAUGCUGUGAAAUAUAUAGACUCUCCUACUGAUAGACAUGACUAACUAUGUGUCUGAAUAGUGAUUUCAACUGGCAUAAGACAUCAACCCAAAAUGCGUGUAAAAGUGAAGUUUCUUAAGAAAGGUGUGCAGUAAACCUAUAAAAACAAUGGUUACUUUCGUAAUUCAGAAGUCUUUCUUUCUGCACUUUAGACUAAGGCAUGGAAGAAAUAUCUUUAGUUGACAAUGUAAUAUUUCCUGUGAGUUGCCCAUGUCAUGAAAAAUACUGCAUCAAUAUGUGUUUCAAUUUUUUGUUUUAUACUUUUUUUGAGUAUCAACUUUUCCAUUCUAGUUUAAGUUAAUACCUAAAUUUGGAUGAUUAUGUUAGCUGACAGCGGUACUGAUAUUUCUUUUUGUUGCUAGUAACUAGUAAUUGAAUGCAAUUUAGAAUAUAUAUACACAUAGCUUUACAAAGGUUAGCCUAAAGGCACUACUAAUGGUAGAAUGCUUUAAUACUUGCUAGAGUAUUAUAUUUAGUAAUAAACAUACAUAAUUAGCCAAUAUCACAGCUUAAAAAAAUAAAGACAAAAUCACACACUAUUCUAUAGUAAGAUUUCAUAAUUGCCAUUAAAGGUAUGGUGAGAUAAGUAUUAAAAAAAUUUAAAUGUCAGUUGCCCAUUAUUGGGUAAUUAAAAAGAAAGUUAUAGUUUUUAAAGAGGAAAAGGUAAGGGUAUUAAGGAUCAAAAAUAGGUCACUUGUAUAAAAAGUUGUAGUUUAAUUUAUGUAAAACUACCAUAAUUAAAAAGAAAAAAAAAAACCUAAACAUACUUGGAGCUUGUUUCAAAUGACUGUACACUAAAUCUUGCCAUCCAUCAGUGCCGUACACUAAGACCACCUAAAAUGAAGUAAACCGCUAUCUUUAUAGUGUUUGUUUUUAACUCUCUCUCCCAAGUAUUUUAUUUACAGAUGUUUUCAUUUGUACAUAGUAAACGCGUUGCUAUAAGACGUCAGCUUGGUUUGAAUUUACAUGCCAUACAAUUUAGCUUUUACAUCCUACAAUGUAUGGGUGGCAUAAACUGAGCAACUGAAGUAGCCCCUGAGCAUUUUGUUAACAGCUUUGUUGUGCAUCAGAACUGCCAGGAGCUCCCUCCCUUUUCGCCUUCCAUCUCACACAGCAUCUGACUUCUUCCUAAAGAAGAAUAAUAUUAUAUAGUAUUUCAACACAACGAUGAACUCCCUGCUUGGCUGAAACAUCUUGUUUACAUAGAGAGAUGCACAUAGUUAUCUCUAGGGGUGAAACCGUGCCUGACAUUGUCUGUGAGCUGUCAUGGUUUUUGUUUGGGGGUUUUGUAAACAAUCCUCUGAGUCUUUCAAAUACACUUGAUAGCUGCAAUAAAAAUGAUUUGUUCAAACAAUGUAUUCUGAAUC